AUGCAGGGCGCAAAGAAUCGCAAUCGUAGUGUAGAAGACCAUUCUGAGGAAAGAAGCACUGAUGUAGAAGAAGACAUUAGAAAACUAAUGAAUCAGAAAUCGGAGAGUGUAGAUAAAAAAAAGAGUAGUAUAUCAAUAGAUCAGGUUGAGACAACCAUUUCUCUAUUAAAGCAGCUAGCCAUACAGUACGAUGAGCUAGAAGUUUUUCUUAAUUCUUAUAAAUCGAAGGAAAGCGAGGAGUUGCCGACUGAGCUUCUUACUGAAUUAGUCAAAUCAAGUAAAAUAUCUCCCACGCUGUGCAGGAUGAUAGAGAGUGUGACGGAGGAAGUGAAAGCCCUGCAGAGAGAAAAUACGCUUUUAAAAGUUUCUGAGAAAACUGUUAGAGAGCGAUUAGACAGUAACAGUGGCAAUCAGCGCAGUUUGAAAAUGGAAGUAAAGUAUUUGAACCAAGCUCUAGCAGAUGCUACAAAGGAAAUAAAAAGGCAAAAGGAUGAUGCGGCAGAGGGUAGGAAAAGGAUUUUAGAGCUGGAGGCAUCUCUAGAUGCGCAGAAAAAAAUAGCAAAGGGGCUUCUUCGGGAUAAAAAAGUUAGCAACAAAGAAACCGAUAUACAUGAGGAGGAGAAGCAGAUACUGCAGUCCAUAAUAAAGCACAAGGAUGAAGAGGUAGAAAAGGCAAAAAGAGAAAAGGAGGAAAUAUUCUACGAAAAGCAGCAACUUCGAAGAGAGCAUGAAAUGAUGCAGAUACAGUAUGCCAGACUAAAGCAGCGGGCAGACUUAAAGGAGAAAGCCUUAUACACGUGCACUGCAGAGAUGGAGUCACUGAUUAAGCAGAUGGAUAAGCUAUCAAGAUCAGAAAUGCAGAAGAAAGAGCGGCUAGAGUAUUUGGAAAUAAAUAAAAAGAAAAAGCAGCACGACAGCGAACUAGCAGAAAGACAAAAAACAAGAAGGUAUGAACCCAUUACUACACCAAAGGUGCGUGCACCUUCUGCAAAAAAGCAUGCAGUAGUCAAAAAGCCAUCUGUAGAAAAAUCACUGCAUCCAGAGGUCAUACCCGAUGAGAGCGAUACCUCUGAGCAUUCUGAGUCAGUCAAUGAAAGUAUAACGGACAUUCCUGUCUCCUUCUCACAGGCUGUAGACAAUGCAUCUGUUUCUGAUGUAGAGUCAGUCUCUUCAAAUAAAACCACAACAAGUUUUAAAGAGAUGCAGCGUAAGACAGAAGAAAUGUCAAAGAAAUUCAGAGAGCUGGAGAAUCUUCUUGGAGAGAUAAAACGAUCGAAUGACUCAGAGUUGGAUAAAGUGGAAGAGAAAAUCGACCAUAAAACGCGGCAUGCCUAAACCAUAAUAUUAUAUUCUGGCAUAUUUUUGCAAUCUAUUCAUUCUACUCGCCAGGAGUUUAUUAGUAGAAGAAUAAACCCAAACCCAAUGAAAAUA